AGAUUUAAGAACUCCCCCACGCUGUUCGGCCAGGCUCUGGCCAAAGACCUGGAGGAGUGGAAUACUCCGGACGGGAUUCUCCUCCUGCAGUAUGUUGACGACCUGUUAAUAGGGGCAGUGGGAUUAACCCCUUGCCUCCACGCCACUGUGAGCCUCCUGAACUUUGUUGGACUCAGAGGAUACCGGGUAGCUCAGAGCAAGGCUCAAAUUGCCCUCUCAGAAGUACAGUACUUAGGAUUUCACAUAAGACAGGGGGAGAGACAGCUUUCAAAUGAAAGAAAAGGAGUAGCCCUGGGAGUGCUUACUCAAUUAUUAGGCAUUUGGAAACGUCCUGUGGCAUAUUUCUCUAAACAACUGGAUCAAGUUGCCAAGGGGUGGCCAGCUUGCUUGCGAGCUGUCGCGGCAACUGCCCUAGUGCUUGGUGAAGCAGAGAAACUGACUUUGGGGGGGACUGUGCAGGUGUAUACCCCUCAUAUGGUUCAAGCCCUGCUGGACACUAAGUGUGGUCUCUGGCUCACGCAGGCUCGGGUAGCUCGGUACCAGGCUAAACUCCUAGAAAAUCCUGAAGUUACCCUGCAGACCUGCCCCUCCCUCAACCCAGCCACUAUGUUACCAGAAACAGAGGAGCAGGAACAUGACUGUUUAGAAAUCAUAGAUGCCCAGUACUCCAGCCGUCCAGACUCAGAUAUGCCUUUGGAGUGCUACAUGCUCAUGUAGGUCUGUGGAAACAAAGGGGAAUGCUUACAGCUCAGGGGUCCCCGGUCAAGCAUGGGACACAGAUUCUCCGGCUUCUGGAAGCGGUGCAGCUCCCCUCAGAGGUAGCAGUGGUGCACUGCAAAGCUCAUCAACGAGAAGACCAGGACGUAGCCAAGGGCAACGCCAGGGCCGACAGGGAAGCCAAGCGGGCUGCCACCCUGGAACCAUUGGAAGCUGAGGAGGCCCAUGUGCAUGCCCUCAUCCCAUCAGUGGGUGAGCUCCCAGCCCCUC